UUGUCAAGGGUGGGACUCUGACACACUGUGUCUCACCCUGCCCAGGUGAGCCAGCGUAUAAAACAGUCAGAAAGCAGCGCAUUGUUCAACACGGGCAGAAACUAACCCUACAGGGAUCGAGUUUCCAGGAAUCCAGUAUGAUAAUCCUCGUACUUCUAGCUGCUUUCACUGCGAUAUCAGAAGCCCAGAAUGACUGCGCCCUUGGAGCGUGUUAUCCACCUAACAAAGACCUCCUCUUGGGCAGAUCUGACCAGCUCCAAGCCUCCUCCACCUGUGGCCUGACUGGCUCAGAGGUCUACUGCACUCCAUACCAGCAGCGGAGGAUGAAAUGCUGCCCAUGUGACUCCAGGAACCCCAAUGGUCAGCUCGCCCACACCAUCCAAGACAUCCUCACCACCUCUGGACCGGACAGGUGGUGGCAGUCCAGCAAAGGGGUGAAUCCAGUCACUAUCCAGUUGGACCUCAAUAACUUGUUCCAGCUUGACAACCUGGUGCUCAGCUUCAAGGGUCCUCGCCCCAAAGCCAUGGUCAUAGAGAGGACACUGGACAACGGUCGGACAUGGCAGCCUGCUCUCUACUUGGCUGAAAACUGUGAGCAAGCUUUUCCUGGGAUCCAAACCACCUCUCCUCUGAGUCUUGACCAGACUUACUGCACCAGGCUGCAACCCCAUAUAAAUCCAUAUCAAGACGAAACAAUUGAGUUCAGCCCAUUACGUCAGUACACCUUUGCGCCGGUGUCUAACAGCCAGAAAAUAGAAGAUAAGUCCGGCUUCACGGGACUCCGCCUGACGCUGACUGAGUUGGGGGAUGUGCCUCGUUUACCGGGCAGAUCCCUCAGUAAGUUCUUCUCCCUAAAGGAAAUGAGAGUGAUGGGCACCUGCAUGUGCCAUGGACACGCGGACCAGUGCCUGCCAGAGGAAUAUGUUAACCCAAACUCCAACACCAUACAGGUGAAUCCUACAUGUGACUGUAAACAUAACACAGCUGGAGUAAACUGUGAGCGCUGUGCCGACUUCUACAACGACCUGCCUUGGCGACCCGCGGAAGAGGGAAACACACACACCUGCAGACGCUGUGACUGUAACAACCACGCCCAGCGCUGUUACUUUGACCCAGGGGUGUAUGAGGCCAGUGGGAGGCGGAGUGGAGGAGUGUGCGAGGGUUGCCAGCACCACACCACAGGGCCAAAGUGUGAGCGGUGUGCCCCAGGCUACCAGCCCAACCCCCGCAGCCGAAUGGAUCGUCCCGAUGCAUGCAUUCGCUGCAUCUGCAGUGCAGAGGGGACGGUGAACGGCGCCCAGUGUGAAGACAGCACAGGCUCCUGUCAGUGCAAGGCUAAUGUGGAGGGCCCCCGCUGUGACCGCUGCAAGAGAGGUUUCUAUGGCCUGAGCUCAUCCGACCCUCUGGGCUGCAAACAGUGCUCCUGUUCUCCAGUCGGCUCCCUGUCCGUUUUGUGUGACCCUGUGACCGGGAUGUGUCCCUGUCGCCCCCAUUUCCAUGGCCUGACCUGUGACGAGUGUUCAGAGGGCUACUGGAGACCACCGCAGUCAAAGCGCUGUGAACCCUGUGGCUGUGACCCCACCUGGUCGAUCAGUGACACCUGUGACCCGAAGACAGGCCGGUGUGAAUGCAGAGCAGGCUUUGGAGGAAGAACAUGCACUGAAUGCGCAGACAACACAUAUGGAUCCCCUCUGUCUGGGUGCCGACCUUGUCAGUGUGAUGUAGAUGGGACCCUUCCAGGAGUUUGUGACAGGAAGACCGGAGCGUGCAUGUGCCGGCCGGGUGUCACCGGGACACGCUGUGACUCGUGUAAACGAGAGCACUGCGACUCUUUCCCUGCCUGCGAACUUUGCCCAAACUGUUUCUUCACCCUGGACUCCCAGCGAAAGAACCUCAGCCUCGCUCUGGAGAAACUCGCUUCCAGGGGUCCAUCUCUUCCCGGAGGCACCGGCGAUCUUGGAAAUCUGGGGCCACGCAUUCGGGCUCUUGAGGCCAGCCUAAACUUGAUCAGAGACUCUGUGUCCCAACCAUCCAGCACUGCCUCCCAGCUUGAUGAUGCCCUGAGCCAGCUGGACAAACUGGAGGAUGAGAUAAAUAGAGUGAAUGAUAAUCUUCCUUCUCCAGUGAGAGAUCCUGGUUUGAAGUCUGAGCUGGAUAAAAUACAAGCUCUGCUGGAUAGCCUCUCUUUGAUUUAUGACGCCAAGGCAGGAGGAGGCGGGACCGACCCCAGCAGCACAGAAGCACUUGACGCCGUCAAGAAGGCGUAUGAUGAAUCGACAGAAGCAGAAAAGAAGGUGGAUUCUACUGAAGACACGGUGAAGCAAUCCAGUGACAUCAGAGAGGAGGCAGAGGACCUUCAGGGCCAAGUGCAGCCGAACAACACCAGAGACCUGAACAAGCUAAAGCAAAACAUGGCCACCCAACCAGACCUGACUCCUGUGGCUAAACAGGUGUGUGGCAGUGUUCGGUCAGAGCCCUGCACCCCUCUGCAGUGUGCAGGGGAAGCUUUGUGUCCAGCAGAGGGACACCAGGCCUGCAAGGACGGAAUAAAGUGUGUUGGCGCUCUACCAUUGAGCCAAAAGGCUGAUGCUGAUGUGAUGGAUGUGAAGGACCGACUGAGCAACCUUAGCGCCAAGAUCACAGAGGCUACCCAGAUGCUUCAGGAGACACAGAAGGAAACAGAUCAGGUGAAAAAAUUAGCAAAGGACCUGGCUGAUGAUUCUAAGAAGGCCAGGGAUGAGCUGGACGAGGACUUAAAGAAAACACGGGACGUUGUUAAAGAGCUCAAAGACUUUCUGUCAGACCCAUCCUCCAACCUGACCAAGGUCCAGGAGGUGAGUGACUUCAUCCUGAAGGCCAAGCCGCCCAUCAGUCGGCCCGAGCUGAAGGAAAAACUGGAGGAGCUUAAAAAGCUGGCUGCAAAUUUACCAAGUACCGUAAAUGUUCUGGAGGAGGCAAAACCACAGCUGGAAGCAGCCAAGAAACUGCUGCAGGAGGCAGAGGAGGCCAGGGACAAGGCUCUGGAAGCCAAGGAUGACGUCACUGAACUCCUGGAGGACUUGGAUUCAAAGAAAAGUUCCUUCCCUGACUUGGAGGGAAAACUGCAGGACAGCAUGGAUCUCAUCCAGAACCUGAACAAAGACCUGACCCAGGCUGAAGGCCAGCUGACGCCAGCAGAGAAAGCUCUGGACGAUACUGGAGCGCUGAUGCCGCCAAUGAAGGAAACGGUAGACAGACUGAAAGAGCUGCUGCAGGACGCAGAGCAGAAGGCUCCUGAUGCUCUGGAGGACGCAGGGGAAGCCGUGGAAAAGGCAGCCGCUGCAGAGCCGGAUCUGAAAGAUUUGGAGGAUAAAGUUGGUCAACUUAAAGACAAAGCAGAUACUGGAGGGACUGGAGAGACGGACCCUGUGGGAGAUAAACUGGAGAAACUGCAGGAGAAAGCUGUAGAUCUGGCCAACACCACGCAGAAUAUGACAGAUUCCCUGCAAGGAAAAGCAGACUCUCUCAGAAGACUCCAGGAAGAGAUCCUCCAGAAGUCUACGAAGCUUGAGGGACUCGAUGCCAAGCUUCAAGACAUCUUGAAAACUCUUCGAUCUAAAACGGAGAAGCUGCACAGCUGUCAGAAUUAAACCCGCUCCUACCAGCGCUCUCUGAUCGUUAUAACAUACAUCUUUUAUAUUUGCACUCUUUGCAUCGCACUUUUUUCAGGAAAAUCAUUCUUUGUGCUGAAAGAUCUUACUCUGCGUUUCACUCUGAGCUACGCUCCACUGUUGGAAAAAAAGGGACAGUAUUUAUUUUUUUUUGUCUUUACAUUUUUAUAAUAAAUGGUAGUUUUCUGAGAAACCUAAA